AUGGAGUCCUAUGCUAGCGGCUGCGGCUGUGGUGGUCUUGUCUUGUUGACGACGCAACCUUGCUCCAACCCUUCCUCACAAAAACCUUUCAUCUCAUUACGGAAAUUGACGAAACCCAAUUUCUUCUUCUACUCUCGAUACCAUAGUACCACUACUAGGUGUAGCAGUGGUAAUCGCUGGGAUUCAAAUGCUGAAACGCGAAGAGUUAACUUUAACUUCAAGUUUCGAGACAAAAACAAAAGCGACGACUCAGUGCUGGUAGAAGAUGAUGAAGAAGAAAAGGAUGGUUCUACAAGAAAGGGAAAGAAAAGGAAGCGGAGGUGGUGGUCGGACCAAGAAGAAGAAAUUCCUGUCAUUUUGGAGGAAGCUAUUGACAGUUUGUGGGUUCUUCAGCUAGCCAAAUCCUAUGGUUGGAUCUUUCCACCUAUCGUCAUAACUUCGCUGCUUGCUACUGGACCGAAAGCUUUUCUCAUGGUAUUAGCGUUGUCAAUUGCACAGUCGGCACUGACAUUUGCAGUUGAGAAGUUGCUCAAGAAGACUCAAAGCAAGACCAAAAGCAAGGCCCGAAAGAGGAGGAAAACAACUGGCAGAACUCGAGAUGAUGCUGGAAUAGGUGAUGAAGAACAAGAAAAGGAAGCUGUGAAGGGAAGAACGGGGUAUCGUUCUUGGGUAGUUGAUGGUAAUGGUUCGGUUAAUAAGGAUAACCAAGAUGCUCCCCGUUUUGGUGGUUGGGAUGAGUUUGAUACUACAGGAUCCAUGCAGCGCCCACCUCAAAGGAAACGCCAGUCUCGAAGGAAACCGUCGGUGAAUGGCGGGUUGAGCAUGGGUGGGAUAAAAAGGGACACUCCCUUGCUGUUGAGAUUGUUAGUUGCUGUUUUCCCAUUUUUAGGUUCCUGGACAAAGAUGCUUUAG